AUGUGUGUUUUAUAUUGGAGAACAAAAGAGGGAAAAGUUAGUGUGGUUAAGGAGAUGCUGGAAGAUAUUGACAAAGAAAAGAAGAAAAUAAGCUUUAGGGUUAUUGAAGGAGAACUGCUGAAACAUUACAAGAGCUUCAAGAUUAUGAUACAAGUUACUCCAAAGGAAAAAGGAAGCACAGUGCAUUGUGUCUUUGAAUAUCAGAAACAGAGACAUCAAAUUCCUGAUCCUCAUGCCAUAUUGCAAAUUACACUUCAGAUCAACAACAAAAUUAAUGCAUACCUUACUCACAGAAAGAUGGCGAACUCUCAAGUUCAAAAGCUGGAAACUAAUGUUUAUCUUGAAGAAGCUGCUGAGCUGGUAUUUGAUGUUUUCUGCAACAAAACAUACUGUAUUGCCAAAGUCUUUCCCACGAAGGUAAAAUCCAUUGAGAUUAAUGAAGGUGAAUGGGGCACUCAAGGAUCCAUCAUCUCUUGGAAGUACGUGCAUGAUGGAAAUAACUGUGUGGCAAAGGAGGUGAUCGGAGACAUAGACAGAAAAAACUGCAAAGUAAGCUUCAAGGUGAUAGAGGGAGAUCUGCUGCAAAAGUAUAAGAGCUUCAAGUUUGUGAUGCAGUUCAUUCCAAAGGAAGAUGGAAGUGUUACAAAGCUGGUUUUGGAGUACGAGAAACAAAACUAUGACACUCCUGAUCCUGUUACCAUGUUACAAUUUGGAAAUGAGGUCAUCAAAAAAGUUGGUGAUUUUCUUAAGAAGGACUAGCUCUAAAUCACUGUCAUGCAUCAUACUGCUAUCUCAUAAAUAAAAUUUGAUGUCUUAUGGGCCUUAGUUGCCCUUAAUUACAUCAAUUAUAUGUCAAACUAUGAAUAAAAUGCUGACCUAGACAUGUUUUUUUUAUGUUGAUGUAUUAUUACGUGUGAUUGUGUCUUCUUGUAAGUCAUGGAAUUAUAAGUUUAUAAUUUGGGAAAUAAUACUUUGAAAUCUU